AUGUCAAAUAAUACUAUAUUGAAGAACACAACAUCCGCAUCUAUUGAUUCCAAUGAGGAUCAGGAUGAUGAGUGGUUUCUUGCCAAAUUAAUCAUAGCAUUCAUUGAUGCAAUCUGGGAACAAAGUGAGACUUCGUCUCAGAAUCGCAUACUGUGGGAUAGAUUUGGAGGUGUAGCAACAUACUGCUGCUCAAUAUACGGUGUUUCGUGUUUGGUCAUGGCAUUAAUAUUAAAUCGAACAUUGGUAAUGGCCUCCACAAAUUCAUCACGGAACCAGCAAUCGGCAAUAAGUAGACAAAGGGGUAUCCUUAACACACCAAAACUGGCUGAGCUUCUAAAGAACAUGAGUAUGGUGAGUUUCAAGUUAUUUGCAGUAGGAUUAUUGUUGUACAAUUGUUACUAUUUGUUGGUUGCGUUGAAUCUUUACUAUCAUACUGGCCUAACGGUAAAUGAUUCUUUACCUUGGUACCAUGUAUUGGUACCAGAUAACCUCUUUGAAUACGAUCCUGAUGUGUUUAAUUCAAAUAGAUAUAUGGCAACACCAAAAGAUCAAGUUAAUAUUGGUCCAACUACUGAUAUGUAUUGGCCAGUUUUCCUUGGAUUCUGUUUUCUGCUGUUCAUAGAAACAUUUGUGUCAGUAGUCCAAGGUAAGCAGCCUUAUACUGAAUCAGGAAUCACCAUUUUCGAGCAUUCUUUAGCGUUCCAAGAGGUUAGUUCAACUGGAUUCUUCGGUAGUUCUCGUCUUUACAAAAGGCCUACUGAACAGGUUUUAAUGGCUUGCAUUUUCCUGACAAUGAACCAUAUUAAUAUACAUAUUGGAGGGCUAUUAUACAAUAAUAGAUACAGACUUAUCCCGCUGACAAUAAUCGGAUUGGCAUUUUUGACAUAUUUCGUAUCAUGCUUUACAAAUGGAAACAUAUGGAAAUUUCCAACGAUUAUUAUUAUGUCUUUUGUGCCUCAAGUCCUUAUCAUGCUGAUAAUUUUCGUAUCCGUAUUUAUAUUUUCGAUGGCUGUACUAGCAAAGGGGUUCCAAUUACAAGAUUUAAAUUAUGCUAGCUUUUUACUUUAUGAAAAUCACGAAAGCGAUACAGAAUUCAGAACAAGAAAUUUAAACAUCGGGUUGCAGGAUGAUUUCUAUACUGCAUUGUUAAAUCUUGGUAUGUUAGCAAUUACACUGGCCGGUAAAUCAAGCUAUAUUACAGAGCUUAGUCUUGUAACGGUUGAUGAAGACACAUGGUUAGAAAGAAGCAUUUGGCAAAAGCUCAAAUACCAAGUAAAAUCAGUUGCAAACUUACAAACUAAGACAAACACAAACAGUGUAAUGGAUUACUUGAAAAAGAAUAAUAUUUCCGGAUAUGGAAAUAUGAUAAUGACUCCUUCAAAACGUUUGAUUUCAGGCGAAAGGACAGAUGUAUUCCACGAUGAUUCUACCGAUUUAAAAAAUUCCAAAUCUAUCAGCGUAUUGCGUAAGAGGAUUCUUUUUCUUAAAGAAAUCUUUUCUGAUCUUAUGCAAUUAUUAUAUGGAUUGAUCAUUGAUUCCUUUUUGUUAAAUUAUGUACCUAAAAUAUUCAGUCAUUAUGUUUUACGUCGUCCGAUUAGUGAAAAUAGGAAUAUACUGGAAACGGAUGAAGAUUUUGAAAUAAGGAAAAGAAAGGCCCCUGCAUUUUUACGCCCGUACAUAAGAAGGAAUGUAAGGAAUCCUAAGAAAGUUACUUCACUUAGAAAAGAAGUGACACCAAGCGAACAAUCGGUGGAUUUGAACGAUUACACCGAAGAACAGUUGGCUCAAGACUAUAUAUCUUUAUUACUUGAGAAGGAGUUACCUGAUGUUGAUGAUUCAGAGGACUACUACCAAACUAAUUAUUAUGAACUGGACCUAGACGAAGAGUCUGAUAUUGAGUCCAUAUACUUGUCAUCAACCACGUCACUGAGAAAUCAGUUGAUGGAUGAUGCUUCUCAUACAUUGAUUGAUGAAUUGUUAUCUCCUGAAGAGUUCCAAAAUUUAAUGAGUUCCGCUAAUGUUGAUAUCUUACAACGCCACUUGAAUCAUGACUCACGGGCAAAUGGUAUAUUAACUAGGUCUAGAUUCAAUGCACUCAACUCGGGUCUCACUACACAAGAGAAUAAUUUAUCUAGCCAAGAUGAAAUAUCAAAACUAUUGGAAUUGAUAUUAAAUAAAAGAAAAGCUCAGAUUUAUGAUUUAUCAUCUGAUGGAUCUAACAACAAUACUGAAGACUACGAUCUAAAUUCAAAAUUAGAUUGUGUUAUUUGUCAAACUAAUGUCAGAGAAAUCAUUACAUGGCCUUGCAAAUGUUUCGCUAUUUGUGAAUCUUGCCGUUUGAGUUUAAUUUCUAAAGGCAUUGAAGGCUGUGUUUGCUGUCGUAGAGAUGUCGAAGGUGUAUCUAAAGUAUUUAUACCGUGA